AUGCCGAGCAGGUGUCAUCAGUUCAUCCCUGAAAAUAAGUGGUUUUGCCGUCACCAUGGAGACAGAGUGAGUUGUGGGCCACAGGACGAAGUAGGAGUCCCAGACCAGAGUGGGAAAAUUGUUUGCAGGAAAUCAGUUGGUCUUCCUUACUGGCUGCUCCCACUCCACAUUUGUGGAAACAUGUCACCUCCUCAGCUUGGUGUCCAUGUCGCUGCGACAGUUCGACAACACACAGCGCCUCUACAUUGUGCCAGAGGUGAACCACAUGCGGACCCAGCACACGGUGACAAUUGGUGACAGUCCACUGAUUGUUUCUGGAGACGCACGCUGUGAUUUGCCAGGCCACUGUGCCUCCUUUGGCUCUUACACCAUCCUGGACUCUGCUUCCCACCUGAACCUCGCCCAGGAGGCUGUGCAUGUGACCGAAGUGAAGCACAGCUACUGGUUUGAGACUGAGGGAUUAGAGAGAUGCCUGCAACACAUUGAGGUAAGCUAUCGCCUAACCUAUAUUUUGUAGAAAGCCUAAGGGUUGUAAGUGUGUAUUUGGUGGAUGUAUGAAGAGGAUGUGGGUACCUUCAGGAUAAUAAUAUAAUCAUUAUUACUAACAGGCUCAUGGAUGCAGUGUUGAAACCCUGGCCACUGACAGGCAUCCAAGUGUGAGGGUGCACUAGAGGGACUCACAUGCUGAUAUCUGGCAUGAGUAUGACCUGUGGCACAUUGCCAAAGGUUUGAGGAAACAGCUGGUGGCCAUCGGGAAGCCAGAGGUACUGUCAUAUAUUUUAUAGUAAAAUCACAACUAAAUGAUUUUGAUGAUUCAAGUCAGUGACUCAGGUGUCUCAUGUAAUCCCUGUGUCUCAGGUACUGCCAUUGGCGAGGGCAUUAACACACCACUUGAGGUACUGUGCUGCCACUGCUGGUGGGAGUGUCCAGGUGCAAAAAGAAAAGUGGUUCACCACAUCACAAAUGAACACCACCAGUGAGUCACUGGACAUGCACUGAACUGCUAUGAGCACCCCCCUGAACACCUGAAGAAGAGGGAACACGACUCUGGAUCAACACAUUGUCGGCAGCUUUUGAGGCAGUGAAGAAAAUUGUCCUCAACCCGAGAUUGUUGAAGAAUCUCGAGAAGGUAAAAAAAAAAGUUCAAAUAUUUCUGUACAUAUACUGCAACAUUAUGAGUACAUUAAUAAGCACAUUUUUCAAAACCUUGUUUUUCUUUUUUUGUGCAUUCCUAUGUGAAUAACUACAACCAAUUGAUUUAAUAAAAUCAGUAACAGUAUAAUUGUAGUAGCCUACUUAUUAAUCUCUAGUUACAUUAAUUAGAUAUUAAAUUUUGUAGGUGACAAAGUGUGUUCAGACAGGUGAACUCGAGAUUGUACAUGCCCUGUACACUAAAUACGUGCCCAAGAGAAACGAGUUCGGCCAGCAGGGGAUGGUCGCAAGACUCCAAGUGGCUGCCUUGGACCACAAUUAUUCUGUGGACAGACAGCAGGCUACAACAAAGGAGGGAGAGCUCCGUUUAAAGCAAGAGUUCUCCAAGGCUGCCAGGGUGUUAGUGGUGAAACCCAUCAAGGAGGAGAAGACUUGUGCUUCCUGUCUGAGCUUCUACAUGGCAUCGUUGACCGCUGUGCCAAUG